AUGGCAGGACCGACUGAGGAAGAGGAGAAUGUGGCAGGACAAGAUGGUGAAAGUUUGAGAUUUGAUGACCAGAAUGCUGACCCAGCUACCAUGUUGACAAUGUUUGAAAAUGUCACACCCAAUCAACCAGAAUUGACAGAUUCUCCAGGCUCCACAAACUCAACCCAAAACCAAAUUACAGAGGGUGAAGAGGACUCUGCAAUGGCUGCAGACAACACUGCAAGCUUUCACGAUUCACCAGAGAACACUGAAUUACAGUCAACAGCCUUGGUUUCAGAAAGGAAUGGUGCAGAAAAUAUCACAACACAACUAGACACAGAUAAAGGGUUAAACAUUCCCACUGGAUCUCCCAGUACAACAAAGUCAACUGGGUCUACAGACUCAACUAAUUCCACUGGCUCUUCCGACACAUCUAAUUCCUUGGGAUCUCCCAACACAACCGAUUCCACAGGAUCUCCCAACACAACCGAUUCCACAGGAUCCCCCAACACAACCGAUUCCACAGGAUCUCCCAACACAACCGAUUCCAGAGGAUCCCCCAACACAACCGAUUCCACAGGAUCCCCCAACACAACCGAUUCCACAGGAUCCCCCAACACAACCGAUUCCACAGGAUCCCCCAACACAACCGAUUCCACAGGAUCUCCCAACGCAACCAAUUCCACAGGAUCUCCCAACGCAACCGAUUCCACAGGAUCCCCCAAUGCAACCGAACCACCAGAGAUAAAUAAAGUACCUACCACUCACUCGGGGAAGCCUUUUGAGAACUCUGAAGCCAGCACUGUGACUAUAGCCAUACCUGAGAGGGCUAACAAGACCGGCAAAGGUGUAAACAACUCAGACAGAGGUGUGGAGCCAGAUACUUCCAGGAGUAAGAGGGGCGUAGCGUGGCUUGCCGUGCUGGGAACAGCAGCGGCCGUGGCCUGUGUGGGACUGGUGGCCUACUUCCUGAAAAAGAAACGCAACGGAUUCUCUCACAGGAAGCUGGUUGAAGAGUUCUCUCCAGAUCCAGUUCUCAGACUGGACAACAGCGAUCCUUUGGACUUGAACUUUGCUGGUUCAGGAGGCUAUUACAACCCAGGACUCCAAGGGCACAACAUCCAAAUGACCAGUUUUCCAGGAGAUCGUUGAAUAUCAUGAUUGAUCAAAGUCACUAAAACCCCAGAAUAUUUUAUUAAUGUCCACUGCAUAUUUAUAGGCAAUUUGGGGGAUUU